CGGAAGUUACAGCCGACCUGCAAGUGUUCAAGAGCACGGCAGGCGUAAACCGGCAAAGACGAGACCGGGGGAAGAAGAGGGGCCAGUGAGUGAGCCGACGCUCCAUGGACUGAAAUAUAUGAACUUCGUCACUCCGAGCAUCGUCGUAGCAAUACCCUGACGUUUAAGAGCUGAAGCCCCCCGGCUGCUUUCGAGGAAGUUAUUGUUUUGGCUGUUCGCUCUCGGAGCCACAUAUUUAAGCGAGCCCAGUGUGCGAGAAGAGGAGUGUGUGCCUGGUGUGUGAGCAGCUCUCCCUAUGUGUGUGACAAUGGGGGACAUCAGUGACCUGGACCGACAGAUAGAGCAGCUCAGACGCUGUGAGCUCAUCAAGGAAAAUGAAGUCAAAGCACUGUGUGCCAAAGCUAGAGAGAUUUUGGUUGAAGAAAGCAAUGUCCAGAGAGUAGAUUCUCCUGUUACGGUUUGUGGAGAUAUACACGGUCAGUUCUAUGACUUGAAAGAACUUUUUAGAGUGGGAGGAGAUGUCCCGGAGACAAAUUAUCUGUUCAUGGGUGACUUUGUGGACAGAGGCUUCUACAGUGUGGAGACUUUUCUUCUGUUGCUAGCUCUUAAGGUACGCUAUCCGGACCGGAUUACCUUGAUCCGGGGAAACCACGAGUCCCGGCAGAUCACCCAGGUCUACGGCUUCUAUGACGAGUGCCUCCGCAAAUAUGGCUCAGUCACUGUCUGGAGAUACUGCACAGAGAUUUUCGACUACCUGUCUCUCUCUGCUAUUAUCGAUGGCAAGAUCUUCUGUGUGCACGGGGGAUUGUCUCCCUCCAUCCAGACACUGGAUCAGAUCCGGACCAUUGAUAGAAAACAGGAAGUGCCCCAUGAUGGACCAAUGUGUGACCUCCUGUGGUCAGACCCUGAAGACACCACAGGCUGGGGGGUGAGUCCUAGAGGUGCCGGCUACUUAUUUGGGAGUGACGUAGUGGCUCAGUUCAACGCUGCCAACGACAUCCACAUGAUCUGUCGAGCUCAUCAGCUAGUUAUGGAAGGCUACAAGUGGCACUUCAAUGAGACGGUGCUCACUGUGUGGUCAGCACCCAACUACUGCUACAGAUGUGGUAAUGUAGCAGCCAUCUUGGAGUUGGAUGAGCAUCUACAGCGGGAGUUCAUCAUAUUUGAAGCAGCACCACAAGAGACCAGAGGCAUACCCUCCAAGAAACCAGUAGCCGACUAUUUCCUGUGAAGUCUUUGAGCAGACAGCCAUGACACAUCCAAAUUUCCAGUACCGUUUCACAUCAGCUGCCCUCCAUCCUGCCGCUGGACCGUUCUGUCAGUGUGAACUCAAAGCAGUGAGACAGAAAACCUGCCAAAACCUGCCAAGCUCCUGCACUGCUUCAGCUUGAAGAGCUGGA